AUGUCGGCGCCAUACCUAAUAUCACGGUAAGAUAUGCGAAGGUUCAGAUUCGAUGGCACUUCUGAUGGAGUUUGAUAGGGCGAUCGAUCCCAUCUUCGCCGUGAGCGUCGGCAUCACGGCUGCUGCUGUCCGCAUCAAUCGCGAAGAGAAGGAGAAGGGCAGGACGACGGAGCAGACGAUGGAGGCGUUGAAGAGGAGAACUGGGAUGCUGUUCGAGGGGAAUAAGGAGGAGAAGAAGGAGAAGGCCGGCGCUGGGAGGGGUACAUGA